AUGGAGAGUUUGUUAAGUGUCCCAUCGAUUGUUUUUGAAAUUGCCCGUAACUUAGACACUGUGGACUAUUUGAACUUUAGACGGAUCAAUAAACUAGUUUACCAAACUCAACUAAAUCCAGCAAUCGACGUUAAUAUAUGGAAUGAAAAAUUGACCCUAAUGGGUCUUAAGCAUGUGUCUUCUUUGAAAACACCCUUAGAUAUAAAAUCAUCAAAUCUUGACCUGUUGGAUUUAUUCCAAACGUUCAAAGAAUUUGAUGAUGAAAAUUCACGAUUAAUCUUCUCCAUAUUCUUUAAAGCAUACAAUAAGAUGAUAAUAAAACUUCUCAAUAAUAAAUAUGCAAAAUUCUUCCCGAGCAAAUAUGAAAACGAUCCAUUGAACCAGGCAAAAAUUUUAACUUUUUUGGAGAUAUACAAUAAAUCUAGUGCAAAAUGUGAUUUUAGUCGAUUUACCAAAGUGCAAACUAAUUUAAACAUUCUUAGAGAAAUAUUUGUCAAUUCCAUAUUACAAGAAAUGGAAACCAGUUACCAAUUGAAAGAUUAUACCAAGACAGCAAGUUUUGUUAAAAUUUUACUCGUAUCACAUGAAGAAAAUAAUGCCAUAGAGUUUUUCAAUUCUAAAGUUGAAUUUCCAAAUGUUCAGGACAUUGUACUACCAACAAAGGAUCAACUUGUAACGAAAGAUGAAGAAGGAAAUUUUUGUUUGGCAUCCGAAAUACUUGAUCCACUUAUAUUUGUCCCCUUUAGAGAUUUUCUUAAUGAAAAGAUUGAACUCAUUGAUGUUUUAUUUGGGGAUCAAUAUCCAGUAGUAUUACAAUUUAUUGAAACGUUCAUCCAACAAACUUUGUUGGAAUUAUUUGAUAAAAUAUAUUCACAAGAUAAUGAUAAUGAUGAUACCUUAUUUUUGAGAACGUUCCCUCAAUUUUACUUUAAAGUAAUAGAAAAAUUAUGCAAAGAAUUGAAAAAUUCCGUUAAUGGUGGUUCAAAUUUUCAUAUAAUUGUUGAAAAAUUCUUAAAUGUCUAUAUGGAACCCAAAAUAUUGAAUUAUUUGAGUUUAUACCCGGAAUACUAUAAAAAAUAUCUUAUAUCUCAAUUCGAUACUUACGAAGAGGAAGUAGCUUCAAAUGAAAUUAAGCAAAAUGAAGAAAUUUUCAAUGCAAUUAAGAAUCAAAAUGAGCAAUUAUUGAACCAAGGUGAACAUCAUGAUUCCAAUAAAAUUGACUUUUUAAGUUCAUUUACGAAAAUCUUUAAAUUAAAUGAUAGUAGCCGUGCGCAAUUACAGAAUACAAAGGAACAAAUAAAUUUGGCUUAUAACCUUAAUCUCAUUACCACUAAUUUACAAAAUAUCAAGAAUCUUAUUAAUCUUCCCCUAUGUUACAAAAUUGUGGAGAUUACUCGUGAAAAAAUAGAUGAAAUGCAUAAAUUUAGCUCAAUUGAAACCUUGAACAAAACUGUUAUUCAAAAAUGUCAAGAAUUAUUUAAAAUAUUAGUGACCCAAUUAAGUUCAAAACACAUAAAACCUGCCUUCCAGAAGGCUACUUCUUUGCUGGAGGAAUACAAUCCUAAUGAUCUUCAAACUAUCGAAAUUAAUGUGGAUCUAAAUUCAAAAUUGAAGCCACUUGUACAAUUUACGGAACUUAUCAAUAUGGGUGAUAUCAUAUUGCAAAUGAUUUCUAUCUUUUACAAGAAUGAAUUGUUGAACAAAAAAAUCAUUGAUAAGAAUAAAGAUUUUUUAAAUGAUGUUGUUCAAUGUAAAAAGACAUUUGAAACUACAAUUGAUGAUUAUGUGGCAGAUGGGUUGAAUAUUGGUAUUAAUAAAUUGAUGGAUGAAAUCAUAUUUGUAUUUAACACAGUUCAAAUUCCGGACGAUUUCAAUCCUGCAAAAUCAAAAUCUGGGGCCAAGGAUAUUCGACCAAGUAAAUGUGCCGUUCGAAUAAUAGAUUUAUUAGCUAAUCAUUGUUUUCUUUUGAAUGGUGCCACGGAUAAAGGAACAGUUGAUGUUUAUCAACAAGAAAUUGGAGAACGGUUUUUCAAUGAAGUUGUCAAAAAUAUUAAAAAAAACAUAAUCUCCACAGAUGGAGCAAUAUCACUAAUAUGUGAUCUUAAUUGCUAUUAUGAUUUUAUUGCAUACAAGUUGAAACAAAAAAGUAUAAUUCCAUUAUUUGCAGCAUUAAAAAAUGUUGGUCAGUUGUAUCUGAUUUCUGGGAAAGAUUCAAAAGAGUUAGGAAAAAUGCUUUCUGAUGUAGGUAAGUUCAAUGGAAUAUUUUCUCAAGAAGAGGUGUACGAAUUCGUUCAACGAAGAAGCGAUUGGAUUCGGGUAAAGAGAGAUGUUGAGAAGGUUAUGUAUGGCUUGGGUAUGAAAGACUGUAAUAUUAUGUAA